GUUUGCUAAAUAUAUUUUUUAUCAUUGUAUUAUUGAGAAAAAAAUUUAUAAGUGAAAAAAUUUCCAAAAAAACAUUUAUUAAAUAUUUAUUUUCUAAAACCAUUAUGAAAGUUUCCUUAAAGAAAUACUAAAUGUUUGUAAUUUCAUUGCAGUUAAUAAGCGCCUUGCUUCUCUUGCCCGCCCACGCGUUCUGGUGGGCGCCAGCGACUGUGGCCCCCACAACCGAAUCGCCGCGAGUGCUUAAAGAGAUACCGCUCACCUAUUUCCGCAGCUACACCUACCAACCGAUCGCCGGCAAUCCUUUCGCCGCCUUCCCCUACUACCCACACGCGGCGAGCGCCAUGCCGUCGCCGCUGCUUGCGGGUCCUGCGCGUUACGAGCAUGGCACUUACCUGCAUGGCAGCGCAUAUCCUGUUAGUGUUGCAAUGUCACAUCCGCAGCAACAGCAGCAACAACAAUCAAUGCUGCCACAAAUGUAUCAGCUGGCACAGACGCCCGUGUUGCACGCGAGGCCGCCGCCGAGUCCAACAACUACCACCAGUACCACCAGCACUGAGCCGCCAACGACCACAAGCACCACCACUACUACAACAACGACCACAACACCGCCACCACCUACAACGACGACCGUAAGCAGCAGCACCAGCGCGACAAGCGCAGCCCUCUCGCAGCUGAGGGCGACUCAGCACCAGCCGCAACCUCAACCGUAUCCGUAUCCCUACCCAACCUACAAUCGUCGUGCCUACAUGGGUUACAACUCGCCUUCCUACCGACCGGCCUAUCCUUAUCCCGACUACACCGUUUAUAAGACCGCGCCAGCGACGCGCUUCAAUAGUCAGGGCGGACAAAUUCAGUUUGUGCCCUGUAUGUGUCCGGUAAAUGUGGGCGCUUCGGGCGCAGUGCAGCACCCGGCGAUGUCAGCGGAGGGACGCACCAACAGCGACGAGGACGCUGACUUUAGGCUGUUGGCGCGCGCUGAUGAAGUGAAUUUGCCUGUGGAACUGAGUGUGGUCACUGAGAGAGCGGCGCAGGAAACGGUUGAUGCGGAUAAGCUUAAAAGCGAAACUGAGGUGACAGCAAAGGCUGGAGCGGAGAAUGAAAUAACGGAAAAUUUGGUGCAAAAAGCGUCGGCGGCUGCAAUUGAGCAAUUGAGUACGAAUAAGGUUGACGAGCAAUCACGUGAUGUGGUGGAACAGGGCAGCACUAAGGAACAAAAUGGGGCGUAAAACUAAAACAUAUUAAAAAUUAGUAAUAUAUGUAGCAUAGAAGCGUGCUGUUAUAAUAUUAAUUAUAAUAAAGGCUUAUUUCAUAACAAUGUC